UGGGAAUUUGAGUGUUCUGAGGAAACUGAAAAGUUUGAAAAUCAAAUGUGGAACUCGAGUUCAUCCGGAAACUGUUGUGCAAUGAAACUUCUAAUUAUAUGUGUUUAAUCAUUUUUUGAUGUCUUGAAGCCAAAGUUUUCCAACAUACACAUAUUGUCAAGAUUUUCAGAAGUCAGAUAAAAUGAAAACUGCUGAAUUCUCGUGCUUCUGGUAGAAACCCUUUCACCUGAGAAGCCAGGUGAACUUUUUCGCAUAUCGACUUUCUCCUUUGCAACACAAAGCUAUGAACUCCCCCGAUUCAACCAAAGCCGAUGAUUUGUCAAUUAAAAUUCCGGAUUCACUUAUCGUCAUCUUCGUGCUCUUCUUUUCCAUGUUGAUGCUCUGUUACGCACUUAUGCUCCCAUUUUUCAAGUAUAUUUGCAAAAUUAAUGAAGAGCAAGAUUCGCAGGACAAACUCUACACAGUCGUUAAACAAAUCUUUGCAAUGGUCAGAAUAUAUUCUUAUUUAUUUAUACCGCUUACUGCCAGUGUAUAUAUGACGAGUGUUUCAGAAAGCGGAUUUUUUUUCAAACUCUUAAAUUUCUUAAUAGGUUGUGUAUUAGUCAUUAUUGUUCAAGCAUUUGACAUCGUAGUGCUAUUAUUUGCUAUUGAAAAAUGGUUGAGCAUUUUUUUUCCGAAAUUUGAGCCAUAUCUCACGUCUGCUCGGAAUAUGUUGCUUAACAAUAUAUGGUUUUUAUAUAUUGUCCUUGUUCUAAAGGAGUUUGGUAUCUUUGCGGGGAUCAGGUUCACAGUUGAAGAAGACAGGGCAACGACCACGUUAGGAUAUAUUCAUGGAAUUGAAUUAACUUGUAUGACAAUAUGCUCAGUGACAUCUGCGAUGUUGCAUAUUCCAAUUGUAAAGAAAAUCCGGAAGCUUACGUAUUUGGAGUCGCCUCGGCUGAACAAUCUUUACAUAUAUAUAUUUUGCCUGACAAUAACAGUAAUGGUUGUAAAAGUAAUCUACAUAUCACUUUUAACUGUGAUCAUUACAAUUUUUCUCCCUCAAUUUGUACUACAUGAUUUAAUUUAUACAAUUGCUUUUGUCGAAAGUAUCACAACUCCCAUUAUCAUUGAAGUCGUGUAUAUUGUUUGUAACGUCGAGAAAAUUUACACCAUGGACGGCAGAAAAAUUGCAGAAGUUUUGAAACUUUAUUUGAAGUAG